CGUGGCGGGGAGAGGGUGGAGGAGAUGGUCAGAAGGGUGGCAAGAGUGGAGGAGACGCUUCACCAUGGAAUAUGAAGUCAAGAAAGGGAAAAAGGGCUUUGUAUCCCCCAUCCGGAGGCUGGUGUUCCCCAAGGCUGGGCGCCGAGCUGCCUUUCGGACCAGUGUGAGUCGCCGGCCCCUGCACUCGAUGCCCCUUUUCCCCCCUGACUACCUCAUCGACCCUCAGAUUCUGCUGUGUGACUAUCUGGAGAAAGAGGUCAAGUUCCUGGGCCACCUCACCUGGGUUACCUCCUCACUGAACCCCUCCAGCCGCGACGAGCUCCUGCAGCUGCUGGACACGGCCAGGGUGAGGCCCUGGGGAGGGUUAGGGCUGGGUCUUUUCCUCUUCUUCCUCCCCCACCCGAGCCCCUCGGGGACCCAAGAGAUCCGACUCCCCCGGCAGCAGUUGAAGGAGCUGCCGCUGAAGACCACAGCGGAGCAGGACAGCAUCCUGAGCCUGUCGGCCCGCUGCCUGCUGCUCACCUGGCGCGACAAUGAGGAGCUAAUCUUGCGUAUCCCCACGCACGAGAUCGCCGCCGCCUCCUACCUGCAGGACGACGCGCUGCACCUGCUGGUGCUUAAGACCGGUCUGGGCGUGGACCCGGUGCCAGCCGGCGUAGACGCCAGCCCCGGCGGCGCAGGGCGCGACCCGGGCCCGCCGGGCGCUGCGCCCGAGAAGCGGCGGGGGGGCACCACGGAGCGGCGCCACACCAUCUGCAGCCUGGACUGGCGGAUGGCGUGGGGCGGGGGCGCGGGCGCAGAUGCCCGGGCCGGGGGCAGCGGCGGCGGCAGCCUGGAGCGCCAGCGCGCCGGGGCGCGGGCGUCGGGCAGCUGGGAGAGGCGGCAGACGUUCAGCGGCAGCUGGGAGCGGAGGCACACCGGCGGCGGCGGCGGCGGCGCGGGCAAGCCGGGCGGCAGCUGGGAGCGGAGGCAGGCGGGCGGCGGCGGCGGCGGAAGCUGGGAGCGGCGCCACCCGGGCUCCAACCCGCUCGACCCGCAGGACCCCAGCCCCGACGCCUACUGCAAUCUUGUCAUCCUGGCUGUGGCCAACAGGGAUGCUGCCGAGGAGUCCUGUGCUCUCAUCUGUCAGGUCUUCCAGAUCAUCUACGGGGACCAGAGCAUUGAGUGCGUGGACCGGGCCGGCUACCACUACACGUCCACACCCGAGCGGCCGUGGCUCUGCAGCCGCAGUGAGAGCUGCCGCACGGAUGGGACUUACGCCUACGAUGCCGAUUUCAGCUGCUGCAGCUCCUUCAAUGGCUCCCAGGAUACAUUUGAAGCGUGUUAUAGUGGCACAUCCACACCCUCCUUCCAUGGCUCCCACUGCAGCGGCAGUGACCACAGCGGCCUGGGCCUCGAGCAGUUGCAAGAUUACAUGGUCACGUUGCGGAGUAAACUGGGGCCCCCUGAGAUCCAGCAGUUUGCGGUGCUGCUGCGGGAGUACCGGCUGGGGCUGCCCAUCCAGGACUACUGCGCAGGUCUGCUGAAGCUCUAUGGAGACCGGCGCAAGUUCCUCCUCCUUGGGAUGCGGCCCUUCAUCCCGGACCAGGACAUCGGCUACUUCGAGGGCUUCCUGGAGGGGGUGGGCAUCCGCGAGGGCGGCAUCCUCACCGACAGCUUCGGGCGCAUCAAGCGCAGCAUGAGCUCCACGUCGGCGUCGGCGGUGCGCAGCUACGACGGCGCGGCCCAGCGGCCCGAGGCGCAGGCCUUCCACCGGCUGCUGGCCGACAUCACGCACGACAUCGAGGCACUGGCCCCCGACGACGAAAGCACAGACGAGGAGGCCCGGGACUCCCCCAGCGGGGGCGACGCGGCUGAGGACAACUACCUGUAGCCAGAGCCCAUGCGGACGGUGGGGACACACCUGCACUCCCGCCUGUGGGAUCCCGGGCCCUGGGACCCCCCUCGCACCGGACGCGGGGCCUCCACUCCCUGGGGUGUCCGUCCCUGCCCUCGGGGCUCCAGUCCCUGCAAUACCGAGAAUGUCCUGCAGGGGGCGGGACCCUAAAGUCCUGGGCAGUCGCCUGGGGCUCAGCAGGCCCUUCUGCCAGACCCGGUUGGGCAGCGCCCUGCUUUGUCCCACUCACCCCAGGCGCGGCCCCGGGACAACUCCUCUUUCCCGCGACUCCCACAGCUUUCUGGAGGCCAAGGGAGGGAUGGCGGGUGGGCUCCACCUGCUGGCCGACUGAGAAAAGAAUUCCCAGAGCCCACAGAGCUGUUCCUCCUGUUUUACACUUUGAGAAACUGAGGUUCAAAGAAGGGGAAGAAACUUGAGGGAAUCUCCUAUUUCUCCUUAGAUAUUACCUCAAACUAACCACACUAAAUAGCGUCAAGGGUCUUUUUAGGGCUCAAAAUGGCAGGGUCGCCCCUUCCCUGAUGGCAGGAAUUGGAUCAUCAGUGUGAAAUGGAGGUUUUUCUCCACUGGCACUUAAGUCAGAAAUAGGUGAUCGGGGUCCCGGUCCUGGCCCUAGGACUCUGAACAAGUUGCUUGUUCAGGUCUUGGAUUUGGAGCCAGACAGACCUAGGGCUCCUGUCCGGUUAGUGUUUCUCACCCCUUGGUGAUUUUCAUUCCCUAAUCUGUUGAUGAGGUGGGCCCCUCCCACCUCACAGGGUGGUUCUGGGGACUAACAGAAGUCAGGACCUUAGUGCUGGGUCCAGCACAUGAUAGGCACCCAAUAAAAGCUGUUCCCUUCCACAUCCCCACCACUUUCAGAUUUGGUCUGCGUGUCUUGCCUGGGAGCAGCGGGGUGGGAACUGAGGUGGGGGGUGGGCUGUACGAAGACCCUCAGGGAAGUUUGUGAAGAGGAAAUAGGACUUGCUCCUCACAGCUCUAUGACACCUGGCCCUGGGUUCAAGCCCCAAAUGAAAAGUCCCCAAGACUUCACAGGCUGCCAUCAUGGGAGUCCGUGGUCGUUAAAGAAACCUGAUGGCAGGGUUGGAGAGGUAGAGAAGUCAGCGUAAGGACAUUCAACACGGCCUGAGUGAAGGCUUGGAGGCUAAAAGGGAUGAGUCCUGAGAGAAUGUCAGAGACUUACACAGAAUUGCUAAAAUUCAUUUGCAAACCUUUACAGAGCCUUCCAUGUUGAGACCGUGAGGUAGGUACAAUUAUCACCAAUUUUAAAGUAAUAUUAUUAGGGCUUCAGGUCCAGAGUUCCAUGAUUUAUACCCAGUUUGUAGCAAAUGGCCAUCCUGUCGUAAUUAGUCCUUCAAGGCCCUCUGAUGUUUUCUUUGGUUUAUUUCCCCCCUCUAGCCACACAUUCCCCACACUCCUUCCCCUCCCCACUGUGCGCACCCACCCUACGUGUUGAUAUAUGACCCUGUGUCCACCCACCCUACGUGUUGCUAUGUGGCCCUGAACAUAAAACGCACAAUGCUUCGUGUGUGCAUUUACCCUACAUGAAUGGUGUUGUGUAAAGAUCUCAUUCUGUUUCUUUCUUUUUUCACUCCAUCGUAUGAUUUUUAAGAUAAUCCAUGUUGCUGUGGGAAAAUCUAGCUUAUCACAUCAAAUUGCUGCAAAGCAUUCCAAGCUGUACAUCUGUGGUGUUAUUUAUCCACCCCCACCCCAGGGCUGGACACCCAGGUGGCUUCCAACUUUCUCUCACUGCAAACAAUACUGUGAUGAACAUCUUUGAACAUGACCCUAUGGGCCUAUGUGAAAAUGUCUUUGGACCCUAUACCCAAGUGGAAUUAGUAGAUCACAUAUGUGUUUUAAAUGUCACUAAAUUCUAUUAGUGGUAUGUGAAAGACACUUGUCUCCCCACAUUUUCAUUCGCUUUUACAUUAUCUGACUGUAAUUUUUACCUAUAGUUUGGAGGUAAGGUGGCAUCUCAUUGUUUGAAUUUCUCUGAUAAUAUGAGAUUCAGAAUCUUCUACACUUGUCAGGCAUUUGGGCUUCCCCUUCAGUGAACUGCCCAUUCAUUUCUUGGGCCCAUUAUCUAUUGGGUUUCCUGUCUUUUUCUUGUCAAUUUGCAGAAGUAGCUUGUAAAUUUUAGGUAUUAAUGCUUUGUUGGAUGUUGAUGUUCCCAAUAUCAUCUCCUAAUAUGUUGCUCAUGUCGGGUUUGUCUGGGGUAGUGGUUCUCAAACUUUACCAUGCACCAGAAUCUUCUGUAAGGCUUGUUAAAACACAGAUCGCUGAGCCCCACCCCAGAGUUUCUGACUCAGUAGAGCAGGGCUGGGGCCCGAGAUUCUGCAUUUCUAACAAGUACUCAGGUGAUGUUGGUGGUCCAGGGAGCACACUUUGCAAACCACUGGCCCAUUGCGCCUUCCUUUGAACAAAUUUGUUCCAUUGAACAAAUCCUUAAUUUUGAUGUUUUCAAUUUAUUUAUCUUCAUUUUACAGAUGAGGGAACUGGAGCUUGAGAUGACGUGAAUGCCCCAAGGUCACACAGUAAGCUGGGAUUUGGACCCAUAUCUGGCCAACUCCAGAGCCCAUAGUCCUAACUGCUCGACUAUCCUGUCCACCAGCUUUUGGGGUGUAGUGACCACAGGCCGAGGCAUUUGUCCUGAGACUCUGGGGGACUUUAAUAAGUUCCUGCAUAAGGGAGACACCGAGGGAGAAGCGCAGUGACAGGGCCGCUGAGAGUCACUGGGACAGUUCUUACCCCAUAGUUCAAGGGAUGGAGCAAUUUCCCUCACACCCCGAGGAAGUCCCUACCCAUCCCGGAACUACCCUCUUACCAAAGCCACGUAACCCCUUGGUAGCUGAGGUCCAAAGGGGCAGUCCAGGCUCCGAGCAUGAGAACUCUGGCCACACUUCCUACUGUAGCAUCCAGAGACCCUUCCAGGAUCACUUCCCAUUAUGGUUUCAUUCCUGGCACUGCAAGAGGGGGAAAACCUCGGGUGGUGGGACAGCUGCUUCCCAAAGACCUCUAGGGGUGGUGUAAGGAUGGGACUUCCCUUCCAGCUAGAUCUCCUGGGGACAGUUUUGAUCCAUGAACAAGUGGCGACGUUGGUGAAAUUGUCUCCAGCUGCCCCUUCCAGUGUGACUCCUUUCGUUUUGGGGUCCUGCAACUUCCUACUCCCUCCCAGCUUCCCCCCGCCCCAAGACUCCUAGCAGACCUUCACAGCGGCAUGUUGGAGAGGAGUCCUCGGGCCACCGUCCUUUUGUCACCAAAUGUUUAGAGCGCAUGCACUAAGAGCAUGCACUAGAGGCAUUGUGCUAGACAAGAGGGAGAUAUAGAACAAUUCCUCUCCCAGGAGGGGCUCACGGCUUGAUGGGGGAGACAGGUCCCCAAAUGAUUACAGCAUAAAGUUCUCAAUUGUGAAAUCGAAGAGUGAGCAACUAGCUCCUCCUGGGGAAAACAGAAAAGGCUUUGCAGGGUGGGGGGCGGGUGACUUACAAGCAAGACUCUGAAGGAUGAGCAAGACUUUGGGCAGGUAGAGGAAGGUAGACAGGAGAGCCCUCCAGGUGGGGCCACCAUGAGCAAAGGGCAAGGAGCUCAAAGGAGCAUGGCACACCCCAAAACUGAUAACCAGUUAGCUCUACUGCAGUGGUUAGGUACCACAGCCCUGGGGGUCAGACUGAGUGCGUUUUGAAUCCCAAUUCUAUCAUCUGCUAGUUGGGUGACCUUGGAUAAGCUCCUAAAUGUCUCUGGUCUUGGUUUCCUCAUCUAUAAAAUGAGGAUAAUAAUAGCAUCACCCUCAUAGAGCUCAUAGUUUAUUGCAAGACUUCAGCAAGAUCCAUGUAAGAGGACAUACAGUAAGUGCUCAAUAAAUGUGACCAUAACUAUUGCUGGGCACAUGGGGUGUGGAGGGUGAGGAGCAGGACUUAUAGGAGAGAAAAGCAGAGGAAUGGGCAGAUUAGAAGGCCCUCGAAGUGCAGGUAAAGGGGAGUGACCAAAAGGGCUUGCAUUUUACUGAAGGAGAGGAGGGCUGACUGGACGGCCGAGGAGAGCCUGGGCCCUGGGAGCUGGGGCAGGACCUGAUGACCGAGGCUGAGACCUGACUCAGAUGGAGGAAGGAGGAGAGAGCACGUUCAGAGGGGGGCAGGAGUAAGAGGGUCCCCUCCCCACUCAGAAACGGUGCCUCUCACAUCCUUUGAUUAGAUUCCUUCUUUCCUUCCUUCCUUCCUUCCUUUCUUCCUUCCUUCCUUCCUUCCUUCCUUCCUUCCUUCCUUCCUUCCUUCCUUCCUUCCUUCCUUCCUUCCAUAACUGUUUAGCACUUAAACCAUGGCCUCAUGGUGUUUACAUUCUAGAAAGUUUAUAUUUCUAUUAAGUAAUGUUGCUUGGUAUUUCCGGAUGCAGUCACCACCCAUUCAGGCUUAAAUGAUCAGAAAUUGGUAGCCCUAUUGGUGUGUCCUCCCAUUUCUUGUCUAUCCUCAGACAUUUCAGAUGAAGGGCAAAUGGUCUUAGAGCCAGGCCAGCCUGUCUGGCCCAC